AUGGCAAGCAGAGAUAGCUUCCACAUCGAAGUACCUUCGCCCUCAUUGACGGCUGUAAACGGCACUCAUCCGCUCAAGUCACCCUCGUCGCUCAAAAAUCAUCGCACGCCCAGCUUUAGCCGGGAUGGUCUGAUCAGUGCCGUGCAAAAGGCCAGAAACAUGUCUCAAUCAUCCGACCAGCGUAUCAACGGCUUCAGUGAUAUGAACAAAACACCCAGUGACGAGGGGUCGAACCCACUGAAGCGCCGCAACACCGAUGCCGGAGUUGACUAUCCGCGAAGGAGGGCUACCAUCGCUUGCGAGGUGUGUCGAUCCCGCAAGUCUCGCUGCGAUGGCACCAAGCCCAAGUGCAAGCUCUGCACCGAGCUCGGCGCCGAGUGUAUCUACCGAGAACCCGGCAUCAAGCUGGAUGCAGGCGACAAGCUCAUUCUUGAACGCCUUAACCGCAUCGAGAGCCUUCUUCAGAUGAACAUGUGGCCUUUAAUUCGCGACCUUGUGUCACGACCGUACGAUCCGCAAAUCCUGCUACAGCUUGAGAUGGCGCGAGAGCCGCUGCACUCGCUGACGAAGACGCCGUGUGUCGACCUGUCCAACACUACAGCAUACAUCGAAGCCUAUUUUGACCACGUUAACGUAUGGUACGCUUGCGUUAACCCUUACACCUGGAGGAGCCACUACCGGACGGCGCUAUCCAACGGCUUCCGCGAGGGCGCCGAGAGCUGCAUCGUCCUUCUUGUACUGGCUCUGGGACAGGCCAGCUUGCGAGGAAGCAUCUCACGCAUCAUGCCUGGAGAAGACCCCCCCGGACUGCAAUACUUCACCGCUGCAUGGGCUCUUCUCCCGGGCAUGAUGACUUCAAAUAACGUUCUCGCAGCACAGUGCCACUUGCUGGCUUCUGCGUACUUAUUCUACCUAGUCCGCCCCUUGGAGGCCUGGAACCUGCUUUGUACUACCAGCACGAAGCUGCAGCUUCUUCUCAUGUCACCGAACAGGGUACCGCCCAACCAGCGGGAGUUGACCGAGCGCAUUUACUGGAAUUCUCUCCUCUUCGAGAGCGAUCUGCUGGCAGAGUUGGAUCUCCCGCACUCUGGGGUGGUCCAGUUUGAAGAGAACGUCGGACUUCCCGGUGGCUUUGAGGGAGAAGAACAGGAAGCGAUUGGACGGGAUGAUCUUUGGCCCUACAUCUUGGCUGUCUUGGACAAUGAGCAGGCUAUCUUGGACCCUGCAGUACGAGACAGUUGCCACAAGUGCUUGGAGGCUUCUGUGCGCCAACUGGAACACAUCUCUGCACACCAUGCAGGCCACAUGCCCUAUUUGUGGCAAGGUGCACUCUCGAUUGUAUCCCAGGCACUGCUCGUCAUGGGCGCCACCAUGUCACCCUCGUUGGGUAGCAUCCUUCUGACGCUAUGCGGUAGCCGUGAGGCUAUCGACCAGAUCAUCAAUGACGUCGUUAUGGAGGUCGAACGUUAUUCAAACCUAGCGCCGAGUCUGAGCUUGGCGGCUGAGAUCAUUAAAGAAGCCGAAGUGAGGAGGCGAGCAUUCCUCAGCGGGUGA